GACAUCGAGGCCGCGACCUAUUUCGAUGUCCUAACCAAUCAGAUACUGAGGGAACGGAAACACAAUAAUAAGUAUACAAACAGUCGGCGAACGGAUUUCGUGCAACUGAUGAUCGACUCCGAGAAGUCUAAUCGGGAUUUGGGUUACGACUCGAGUAGUGAUGUCGACCCCACUCCCGAAGAGGAGUCCCAAACCGCGGGUAAACCCAAGGGUUCCCUAACCCCAGAUGAACUCACAGCGCAGGGAAUGCUGUUAUAUAUCGCCGGCAUAACAAUACCGGCGGGAACUUCGGUCGAGAUAUACCCGUAUGCCAUACACCGGGACCCGGAGUACUGGCCCAAUCCCGACGACUUCAUACCCGACCGAUGGUUUGAACCAACACACCAUCCCUUAGCUUUCCAGGCCUUUGGGGCCGGACCUCGUGUUUGCAUUGGACAACGUUACUUACGGCACCGGUUCACCUACUGGGCCCGGCAUGGAGUUCCCGGACCCAACCACAUGGAGUUCGGAGCCAUGGUUCAGCCCCACCACGAGUACACCCAAUGGGCGUACAAAAAGUACGGACGUGUGUACGGCUCGUACGACCUGACCCGGCGCACAAUUGCCGUCAAUGAUCCCGAGCUACUUAAGGACAUCAUGAUCAAGGACUUUCACAUAUUCCCCGAUCACAAACACUUUAACACAGGCAACUCCAAAAUCAACCUGAGCAUUUUCUUUUUGCCCGGUAAUGACCAGUGGAAAAGGAUCCGGUCGCUAAUGGGCCCGGCGUUCACAUCCGGCAAGUUAAAAGCUAUGAUGGCACACAUAUCGGAUCUGUCGGAUAAGUUUAUUGGCAACAUGGACAAGUAUGCAAAAUCAGGUGAGCCAUUUAACAUACGUGAAUUAGUCGGCUGUUUUGCGAUGGACGUCAUCAGCGCGUGCGCGUACGGCAUUAGCAUCGACUCGCUAAACAACCCUGAUCACCCGGUGGUCACACACGCCAAACGCAUACUAGGGGCGGACACCACCUGGCGCCAGGUGGUCGGCAUACUGGCCCCCAAUUUGGCCAAAUUUUUUAAGAUGGAGUUCUUUGACAUCGAGGCCGCGACCUAUUUCGAUGUCCUAACCAAUCAGAUACUGAGGGAACGGAAACACAAUAAUAAGUAUACAAACAGUCGGCGAACGGAUUUCGUGCAACUGAUGAUCGACUCCGAGAAGUACACAGGCACCAGUUUUGCAUUAUGA